UGCGAAUUUUUAAGACACUACCACACACCUCAUCUCUUUCAUUUGUUAAUAAGAACUUAAACCCGAAAACAAAAUCCAUUACUUGCUCUACUACUUGACUCCUCAGAUCCCGCUCUCGCCGGCGAUCGCCAUGUCCUCCGCCUCCGCCACCGUUUUCCUUAUCCUCCUCCUCAUUUCUCCAGCUCUCGCUUCCGAGUCGGAUCACAAGUACCGACAAGAGGAGCCAGUUACUCUUUGGGUGAAUAAGGUUGGGCCUUAUAAUAAUCCACAAGAAACAUACAAUUAUUACAGCCUUCCAUUUUGCCAUCCAUCUGGCAGUUUCUCACAUAAAUGGGGUGGCCUUGGUGAAGUUCUAGGAGGAAAUGAACUUAUUGAUAGCAAGAUUGACAUAAAGUUCCAGAAGAAUAUCGAAAAAGGCACCAUUUGUUCACUUGAUCUUGACGAAACGAAGGUCAAAAUAUUUAAGGAUGCAAUUGAGAGCAACUAUUGGUUCGAAUUCUUUGUCGAUGAUCUGCCAUUGUGGGGCUUUGUUGGUGAGUCGCAUCCGGAUAAGAACAGUGACAAUGGCAAGCAUGUCCUUUACACACACAAAAGCAUCACUAUUAGAUAUAAUAAUGAUCAGAUUAUUCAUGUUAAUCUUACGCAAGACAAUCCAAAGCCCUUAGAAGCUGGAAGAAUGGUGGACAUGACAUAUUCUGUCAAAUGGAUUCCAACUAACAUCACAUUUGCACGUCGUUUUGAUGUGUAUUUGGAUUACCCUUUCUUUGAGCACCAGAUCCAUUGGUUCUCUAUUUUCAAUUCUUUCAUGAUGGUUAUCUUUCUCACUGGUUUGGUGUCGAUGAUACUGAUGAGGACGCUUAGAAAUGACUAUGCCAAAUACGCACGGGAAGAUGAUGAUCUUGAGUCUCUGGAAAGAGAUGUUAGUGAGGAGUCUGGUUGGAAACUUGUUCAUGGAGAUGUUUUUCGGCAACCUCGCAAUCUAGUCAUUAUUUCAGCUGUUGUUGGGACAGGUGCUCAGCUAGCAAUGCUUGUGCUUCUUGUUAUCUUGUUGGCAAUUGUCGGGACUCUAUAUGUUGGGAGGGGUGCAAUUGUUACAACAUUCAUUGUAUGCUACGCUCUCACAUCAUUCAUUUCUGGUUAUGUGAGUGGGGGAAUGUAUUCUCGCCAUGGUGGAAAAAGUUGGAUAAAGUCAAUGAUCCUGACGGCUUCUUUAUUUCCAUUUAUGUGCUUCGGGAUUGGGUUCAUCCUGAACACAAUUGCUAUAUUCUAUGGGUCUUUAGCAGCUAUUCCAUUUGGCACCAUGGUUGUGGUUUUUGUAAUUUGGGCUUUCAUUUCAUUUCCUCUGGCACUUCUUGGCACAGUUGUUGGAAGAAAUUGGAGUGGUGCUCCAAAUAAUCCUUGCCGUGUGAAGACUAUUCCUCGUCCAAUCCCUGAGAAGAAAUGGUACCUAACACCAUCUGUGGUCUCAUUGAUGGGAGGACUACUGCCUUUUGGCAGUAUUUUCAUUGAAAUGUAUUUUGUCUUCACAUCUUUCUGGAAUUACAAGGUGUACUACGUCUACGGCUUUAUGUUGCUUGUUUUUCUGAUUCUUGUUAUUGUCACUGUGUGUGUGACAAUUGUGGGGACAUAUUUCCUGCUCAACGCUGAGAAUUAUCACUGGCAAUGGACAUCAUUUUUCUCUGCUGCAUCAACAGCUGUUUACGUGUACUUGUACUCGAUAUAUUACUACUAUGUGAAGACAAAGAUGUCGGGCUUCUUCCAAACAAGCUUCUAUUUUGGAUACACUUUGAUGUUCUGCCUUGGUUUAGGAAUCCUUUGUGGAGCUGUCGGCUACUUGGGUUCCAAUUUGUUUGUGAGGAGGAUCUACAGAAACAUCAAGUGUGAUUAAACUAAGCUGAGGAGAAAGACCCGGGAGGGCUUCUAGAGAGCAAACAUUCUUCUCGAGAUGGUAAAAUUUUGUGGAAGCCUCUGGUCUUUUACCGUUGGGACAGCCCUUCUACAGAUGCGUUAAAUCGUUGUUCUACGAUGGGGAAAUAUUCUUCUUUCUCUGGACUUGGGGGAAAAGCCCUGAGAUUGUUUUUGGUUUUUAUUCCCCAGGCUGUAAGUGAAAAUCCUUAAAUUAGAAGAGAUUGUUCUUAUAAUCUGUGAAGUUAGCAAAUUAUAUCAAACCUCUGUCACAUUUUUUUUUAUAUUUCAUAUUUUACAAAUAGGUUCCUUAUGUAAGGACUGAUCCCUAAUCACCCCCUUUUCUUGAA